AUGGCAAAGACAUAUGAUUAUUUAUUCAAAUUGCUUUUAAUUGGAGAUUCGGGUGUUGGAAAAACUUGUGUGCUCUUUAGGUUUUCUGAAGAUGCAUUCAACACAACCUUCAUUUCUACCAUUGGAAUCGAUUUUAAAAUACGCACAAUUGAAUUAGAUGGGAUACUGCUGGCCAGGAACGUUUUCGUACAAUUACAACAGCUUAUUAUCGUGGAGCUAUGGGUAUAAUGCUUGUUUAUGAUGUAACAAAUGAAAAGAGUUUUGAGAAUAUCAAAAACUGGAUUCGUAACAUUGAAGAAAAUGCAUCGGCGGACGUUGAAAAAAUGUUGCUAGGUAAUAAAUGUGAAUUGACUGACAGGAGACAAGUGUCGAAAGAGAGAGGCGAACAAUUAGCUGUUGAAUAUGGUAUUAAAUUCAUGGAGACUUCGGCUAAAUCAAGUAUCAAUGUCGAGGAGGCUUUUUACACACUAGCACGUGAUAUUAAAGCUAAAAUGGAGAAGAAAUUGGAGGCAUCGAAUCCACCAAAAAGCGGCGGAAAUCAACUAAAAGCAUCAGAACCAGCGAGAAAACCACCGAACUGGCUUUCAAGAUGUACUAUACUCUGA